CCAGAUAAAAUCUACAGUUGACAGACCAACAGCUGAACUAAAAACAUUCGGACGGAACAGCAAGAGAAAAUCGCCAUGGCCAUCGCCAAUGCUUACUUCUCGUCAACUCUGAUCCGAUCCAGAGGUUGCAAGCUUGGUUUCAGUUCUCAAAUAUGUCCGUUUGAGGUCGCUAAGGUCUCUGUUUUUCGCCGGGGAUCCGUCGACCCUGGAAUUGGUUUCACAAGGAGGAAGGACGUUCUUCAAGCUGCUGCUAAUUCAACAAGUACAUUGGGUUCGUCUUCUCCGAUAUCUGAUCAGGAUGCUGAUAAUGUUCCCAUGCCAAUAGUUUUGAUAGAUCAAGAUUCAGAUUCUGAUGCAACAAUUGUACAACUUAGCUUUGGAGAUCGCCUUGGAGCUCUUAUUGACACAAUGAAAGCUCUUAAAGACCUGGGCUUGGAUGUGGCAAAGGGAACUGUUACAACCGAGGGAUCAGUCAUACAGACAAAAUUUUUCAUAACACGAUUGGACACAGGGCGCAAAGUUGAAGAUCCUGACAUGUUGGAGAGAAUAAGGCUUACCAUCAUCAAUAACCUUCUGAAAUUUCACCCUGAAUCUAGUGAAAAGCUUGCUAUGGGUGAGGCUUUUGGAAUAAAAGCACCUCAGAAGAAGCUUGAUGUUGACAUUGCAACACAUAUAUAUGUUAAGGAUGAUGGACCUAAGAGAAGCUUACUUUAUUUAGAGACAGCUGAUCGUCCUGGACUUCUGUUGGAAAUCAUUAAAAUUAUGGCCGACAUCAACGUCAGUGUGGAAUCAGCAGAAAUUGACACAGAGGGAUUGGUAGCCAAAGAUAAAUUUCAUGUCAGCUACAGAGGGGCAGCAUUAAACAGUUCCUUGUCUCAGGUUCUGGUAAACUGUUUGCGGUACUAUCUUCGAAGGCCUGAAACAGAUGACGAUAGUUACUGAUACCUGGCAGCAGUGUACCAUCUCUUUUUUGUAACUUAACUGAUACACCUCGUGAGGUUGCCAGAGUCAUGAGUAUAUCCACUCUGAUGUAGCUUAUCUUUGACUAGUACUGUAUGAUGAUCUCACUUUGGACAAGCAGUGAAUAUACCAGCAAUAAUCUGAUUGUUAUCAUCCUUGUAA